AGUAGACUGCCACGACCAAGUUCUCUCUUGCCAACGGAGAGUCUUCUACUCUUUAUAUACUUGUACCUCGUCGCCUCCCAAAUCAUUCAAGAUGUCAGAACCAAUUCCCGAGUCCAUACCCACAUCCGCGGACCGACGCUCGAAUCGUCCUGUCAAGCGUGCCCGCGGCGCCAACACAGCCUUACUCUCCCAAGCGCACGAGAUCGACAACCUCUUCCUCGACCCCGACAGACCAGUCGACCUCCCUCCACCAUCGACCGCUAGCAAGGCCACCGUCGCUGCACCACCAGAAAUAGUCGCAAAUGUACAAGGAUCCUCCGCGGGUGCCGGAUCAGGUGAAUUUCACGUCUACAAGGCGAGUAGGCGGCGCGAGUACGAAAGACUAAGGGCGAUGGACGAAGAAGCCAAGCAAGAAGAAGACAACGAGAAAUGGGAACGUGAAGAGAAGGAGCGACGUGAAAGAGACGAAGAGAGGACGCGGAAGAACCGGGAGAAGCGGAACCGGAAGAAGGGUAAGAACGCGAAGGGCGGUGCAAAGGAGGAAGAAGACGGAGGUGUUGAUGAUGUGGUCGGAGAGACGAAUGGCGUCAAGAGGAAAGCGGCGAGCUUGCAAGUUCCCAGACGAGGGAGCAAGGACGAAGAAGAAGGAAGUGAUUUCGGGAUUGCGCAAGUCGUCCAGGAAGUGGGAAUAACGAUACAUGAGGACGAUUGAGACCAUGACACACCCACCUGGGUCAAGGGACUGAAUCACGCACCGCUGGCAGACGAUCAAAGCACUCAUGCGACCACACAGAGAGGAGCUGGAACACCACCUAUACCCUCCUAUGCCUUCUUAGUCGUCUUGUCCGCAAAGAGCUGCGUGUCCAGCUGGCCAGGUUCAACAAGGAGUGUCUUGACCUUCGCAAAGACUGACGGAUCCGGAUGA